AUGUCUAGCAUGCCGACAGAUUCGGAGCUGGAGGUUGCAGUGAGAGAGAUUCUCCGCGUCGCGAACGUAGAACAGAUGUCGCUCAAAAUCAUCCGGAAGAAGCUUGAAACCCAUUUUUCGGUGGACCUCUCCGAGAAAAAGGCCUUCUUGAAGGACACGGUGACGGUGACCAAGGCGGUGUGGGCGUACAUCCGCGCGGAGUCCCUCCAGGACCCCAAAGACAGGCGAAAGAUCCGAAACGACGACAAGAUGUUCCCCGUGUUCAAGUGCAAGACCAUGAACAUGAUGCACAUCGCCAAGAAGCUGUCGCCGCACCUCAAGAAGCUCUCGGACCUCGUGGAGAGCGGCGGCGGCGCCCCCGGCGAGGAGGUCGACACCGAAGCGAGCAGCAGCGACGAUGAAGAACCUCGACGAACGGCCGGGUCGAAGAAGAGGGGCGCAUCAGGGUCGAAGUCGAAACCCACGGCUAAGGGUGGGGCAACCCCAAAGGGGCGACCAAAGGCCGGCGCGGGGGGGGGGUCCGCGAAGGGAAAGAAGGGAAAGAAGGGGGGGGGCGGCAAGGGGGAGAGCGAAGUGGCGGCGAAGAAGACGCGGAAACCUUCCACGGUAAUGUGGCGGGUGAGCGACGAGCUCGCGGCCGUGGUGGGGUCGAAGGACGCGACGGUGGACACGAUCAGAAGCGGCGUGCACCAGUACAUCAAGGAGCACAACCUACAGUCGGACAGGCGCGUUCCCUCGGAGAUGCUCUCCGUGAGAAAUCGGACCUGA